CCGCCAUAAACACCCAGAAAGCAGAAGAAGAAGAAGAACCUCUCCCACCUUCCUAAAACAUGGCCGCCCCCAUGGCUUUCAGACGAGAGUUAUUUUCUCUAACAAGGAUACUUAGAGGAAUCUCACACUCGGGACCGAGAGCUUUGGCUGCCUGUUCAGGUCACAGGAAAUGUAAUAUAAUCAGGUCCCAUCUCCCAUUGGCAUCCAGCACUUUCUUCCACACAGCAGCAGUGUUUUCAUCAACACCUUCAUCAAUCGCUGUCACAGAAGAGCCCGACACUCUGUUUCAGAAGGUCUCACUGUUGGUCAAAGGUCAUGACAGAGCCGUGUUGGACAGCUAUGAGUUGUUUGCCACCAUGGCAGCUAAAGAGCUGGGCAUCACCAUCAACAAAGUUCAUGAACUUCCCAAGGGCAUGGAGAGGUUUACACUCUUGAAGUCGGUUCACAUCUUCAAAAAUCACAGGGUCCAGUAUGAGAUGAGGACACACUACCGCUGCAUUGAGCUGUCUCGUAUAACAGGCUGCACAGCACAGGUUUACCUUGAAUACAUCCAGAGGAACCUCCCUGAGGGUGUAGCCAUGGAGGUGACAAAGACCACGAUGGAGAAGGUUCCAGAUCACAUCCUUGAACCCAUGUGGGAGGACCACCCCAUUGAUGACAAGCCCAGCCAGUGAUGAGCAGGGGUUGCUAAUUGUUUUCUCAGGAAAACGUGGACAAACUGCAAUAUUACCAUAUGGUUGUCAUGGACCCUUGAACUAUUCAUCAUAUAGAUUUAAACAUUCUCAUCAAUACAGAGUUGAACACCAUAGAAAAUGGGCCAGCUAUAGAACUUGCAUUCAUCCUUUCAACAUGUGACAGGCGUUUACUGGCAGUUGCAUGUUUUGUCUUUUUCCGUUGCAAAAACGUAUGGAAUCCAUUGUAUGUUUAUUUUUUUUCAAUAAAUAAAUUCUGUA